UGCGUGUGCAUAUUUUAUCUCCACAAUCAGCUGCAGACGCUUUCUUUGAAUGUGUUAAAAUGCUAGGAUACGCUGUGAGUCUUAUGACAGCUUUAUUUUGCACUUCCGCUGCUUGCAAAGGAUUGGAUACUAUACAGGAUUUAUCCACAGACGAUUUUCGUUGCCUAAAAAACAAUGGUUUUACAUUCUAUGUCGGUAGAGUGUGGAGGAGUGUAGGAAAUUACGAUACGAAGGGCAUGCAGAACAUGAAGAAUGCGCAUAAAGCUGGUUUAAGAGUCAGCGCCUACAUUUUUCCUUGUUUAGCAGAACAUUGUGCGCCUCCGCAAAAUCAGGUUGAGGCUGCCAUAAACCGUAUGAGAUCAGAGGGCGUUCCAUUUGAUACGGUAUUUCUGGACAUAGAGAAAUUCGACUGGUCAAAUGAUUUAGGAGCGAAUCGGAAUACCAUCAAUGCUAUGGGCAACAAAUUAGAGGAAAUGGGUGUCGACUGGGGGAUCUACACAAACAAAAAUAAUUGGAAGAGUAUCGUCGGUUUAGAAUAUGAUCAGUGGAAACACAAAAAACUCUGGUGGGUCUACUGGGGAGCGAACGAUGGAACACGAAAAAGCGAUUUCACGCCUUUUGCUGGAUGGUCGAACUUUUACAUACAACAAUAUGCGGGAGAUGUCAAUGGACCUUGCGGAGUUAAUCUUGAUCUUGAUUACAUCGAACCUAAAUAAGAACUGAAUUUGAAGCUCCUUGCGGCAUUAUUACAAGCUUGUUGCCAAGAAUACUGAAUCUCAAAUUGAACAAAUUCACUCAAAUUUUCGUACAAAUUAAAACGGGUUCAGAAUUCUCUUUCUGCGAAUGUUUGACUACAUUCUAUAGUUUUCUAUGACGAGGGUAGAGCCAACGCCAAUUUGAC